AUGCAACAUCUGAAAAAUAUAUGUUAUAAUGAGAAUAUUGUUUUUAAUGCUGUUGAAUCUUAUUGUAGAUGCAUUGCUUAUAUCAUAAACCUGGCCAUGCAAGAUAUUCUUAAACAAUUCAAGACUGGCAAAGCACAAACUGAAAAUGCUAUCUUUGAUAAUAUGAACACACACAUAAUAGUUGGAAAUAUAAUUCUGAAACUUCAAAAACUUAUAGUUAAAAUUAGAUCAUCAUCACAGCAUUGUGAAUUUAUGUGUCAAGUUAAAGCUGCUGGUCUUGAGAAUUAUAUCUUAUAUUGGAUAUUAAGACUAGGUGGAACUUUACUUACAAAAUGCUU